AUGGCUCGUGGCUCCGCUAACAAUUCUUCCACCGCCAAUCCUGGUGGUGCUGCCACUUCCGGGUCUUCACCUUCAGUUGAAGAUUCCGGUAGCCCCUAUUUCCUUAGCAAUGGUGAUCAUCCCGGCUUGAUUUUGGUUACCCAUAUCCUCACUGGCCCAAAUUUCAACUCCUGGUCCCGUGCUAUGUUACUCGCCUUAACCGCGAAGAACAAAUCCAUCUUUGUCGAUGGUUCCUUACUUCGUCCCUCCUCUGAUAAUCUUUCUUUCAGUGCUUGGAAUCGCUGCAAUUCAAUGGUGAUUUCUUGGCUUCUGAAUUCUAUUUCAAAGGAUAUCGCUGAUAGUUUGAUGUAUUUCACAAAUGCUUAUGAUGCCUGGUUCGAUCUACGUACCAGAUUCCACCAAGCCAACGGUCCUCGAAUAUUUCAGCUUAAGCUGCAAAUUUCUUCCCUGCACCAAGAUGCUUCGACCGUUAAUGGCUACUAUACUCGCCUGAAAACCCUUUGGGACGAACUCUUCGAUUACUCACCCUCUUAUUCCUGCACUUGUGGAGCUCUCCGAUCUAUUUCUCAUGAUCGUGACCAGGACCACGCCAUGCAUUUUCUUAUGGGGUUGAAUGACUCUUUUUCUUCGAUCCGAGCUCAAAUUUUACUGAUGGACCCUCUUCCAUCCCUGUCGAAGGUUUUUUCUUUGGUCUUACAGGAGGAACGCCAACGUGAGAUUACGACCUCUGUUCCCCUGGUCACUGAUGGCCCUCUUUUCUCUUCCGCUGCUCCUCCGCCGACUGUUGCCGCUGCCAGUGGUGCUCCUCCGCGCCGUCAACGUCCACUCUGCAGCCAUUGCAACAUUUUGGGCCACACCAAAGAAAAAUGCUUUAAGCUACAUGGCUACCCACCCGGUUACCAGCCCAAAUCACCCAGGCCCACUCAUAAUCCGUUACACACUCCUAUACCCAGGCCCAGCUCAAACGCUGUCGUUUCUCCCUCACCUACUUUCACACAUCAUCAGUAUCAACAGCUGCUUUCCCUUCUUCCCCCACCGUCUAUCCAAAAUCCCCAGCCCUCUUCUCCACCACUUGACGUCAAUCCCACCAUAGCCAGCCUCAAUGGUGAGUUCCCCUCUUCGCUUCCUCCUACUUGCUGGGUUUUGGACACUGGAGCAACCCACCAUGUUUCUUGUGCUCCUCUGUCCUCUACCCUUUCACCCCCUGCCUCCGAUUCGGUCGUGACCCUCCCCAACGGUCCUCGAAUGCUUAUGAUGCCUGGUUCGAUCUACGUACCAGAUUCCACCAAGCCAACGGUCCUCGAAUAUUUCAGCUUAAGCUGCAAAUUUCUUCCCUGCACCAAGAUGCUUCGACCGUUAAUGGCUACUAUACUCGCCUGA